AUGGAGGAGGAUGCUAGUUUAGCUUUAUUUAUAUUGCACCAUUUGGACUUCUUGGAGGAUGGGGAUAGAUUUCUUGAGGAUUUGUUUGCAAAUACUACUGGACCUAAUGAGGCCAUUCAGUAUGUGGCCUUCUUAAAAGAGAUUGGUAAUUCUCUUUUUAAAGUGUUUGAUUUUUGCAAAGCUUAUGAGACAUAUAGGAAUGCUAUGAAGUGCCUCUGUGUUACCAUUUCUGCUAUGUAUGAAGAGUGCUAUGUUCAUACUAUUGAUCUUGAAAUUCGAGAGUUAGUUGUUUCUCUGCAAUUGAACAUUGCAGCAUGUGAAAUCAAACUUAGUUUGUUUAAGGAAGCUAUUGGUUCAUGUACCUUGGUGCUAGGGGUUGACAAGAGCAAUGUGAAAGCUCUUUUUGGGCGCGGUGUGGCUCGAACAAAAAUUGGUAGUAUGGAGGAUGGGUACGCUGACUUUAAGAUAGCUAGAGAGAGUACGAGGAUGCUGGUGGCCGGCGAACCUCCGACGAGCAACGAUCGAGGCAGGGGCUGCGACUGA